CAAGACCAUUGGACUCGGGACGAAAAAGCCCAGUUGACCCAUGGACAAAGGCUCCAGAUCUGUGCCAGCGGCGUGACGACAAGGGGCUCGGACCCCGAGCCACAGACUUGGGAACGAGGUGAGAAUUGUGUUGGUGUGACGGUAAGAGUGCAGGAUGGGGCGAAUGGGGCGAACGGGGCGAACGGGGCAAACGCGACGAACCGGCCGCCAGUUCACCACGUGUCCCGAGACCGUGCACACGAGCGUUGUGUCACACGACACUUAGCACCAUCAGGUCUUUUUCCUCCCAUCCUAUGCCUCCUAUCAAUCAAUAGGCGUCUGGUUGUCCAAGUUACGAAAUCAUUUGGUUUCGCCCCGGGCAGGCCCAAGCGAACACCGCCAACGUGGCACGGUGGUCCUAGCCCGGCCACUAUGGCCCCGCGUCCACUUUCCUCUCUCUCUCUCUCUCUCUCGCUCUCUCUCUCUCUCUCUGUCGGGAUACGCAUGCACACACUGGCCAACACACACGCACAACGCAGGCACGGGACCGCUUUUCUCCCCCGCUCAACCUGCUGCUCAGGUGGCAAGAUCGGCCCAGUGGCUGUCGCGAGUAUACGUGGCCUUGACCACCUGAUCUCUCCUCGUCUCGCUGCCGCGGCGAUGCCAGUCGGCCCGGGUUCGCACCCGCAACCCGAGGCCUCUCCUUUGACGGGUCGCCGUCUCGAACCCCACCCCACCCCACCCCACCCCAUCCAUACGUCUUUACCGCCCGGUGCGUCUGUCUGCUUGUGUGUUCUCCCUUCAGCUCGGAUACAAGACACGCCGUCUCGGGCUGGUGGCACCUGCGAAACCGGUGGCCGGGCCCCUGCUCCGGAAUCCGUCAGACCGGCAAGUUUGAGCCCCAUUUUUAACCAUUUCUCCUUCCUAAUGCACAAUCCUCGCUUUUCUCCCGGCCCUAGCAACAUGUGUAUGGACCUUUUCCCACUUCCAUGCCCUUCAAUCGAAGACUUUUCGCCAAAAUCAACCAACCCUUCUUGGUUGGGCAUGCCACCUUUACCGCUCGGCGGUUUCGCUAUCGUCCUAGUUGGUUGUUCGCACGUUGAGGCGGCAACUGGCACAGACGAUUGCUGUGGUUACGACGAGAAAGUGGACCUACACGACACGCCUCCGCUGGCUUGGGGCUGGCCUACCCGCCGCUUAGACUGUCCUUGUGUUGUGCCUGUCGAUGUGGAUGUCGAUAUGGAUGUCGAUGUGUAUGCGGAUGUGUAUGUGUAUGUGUAUGUGUGUGGUGAGGUGUUCGAUUCCCUCUUCCACGACCCCGAUGCACUUGUGCUCAACUCGCGUUUGUCCCACGUGGAGGCGGGCUUCGCGAAGCUUCGCGAAGCUUCACCAAGCCUCCUGUCUCCUUUGGCAGAGGAAAACUCGGCACCGGAUGGAUCGGGCCUGCGGGCCUAUUUGUCCGCACAGAUCCUGCUUCCACUUCCGACUGGGCAAGUCCACGAGUCCCGUUCAUUCGCCUCGUAUGCAGCUGCCAUCAUGUUCUUCGCAGAGGCCAGCUUGGCAACCACCCUCAACCACAACUACAACCACAACCUCGACUCGUGUGGCUACAGAUCAGGCCUGCUCCGGUGUGCCACAUUGCUCCCGUUUCAAAGGCUCCUUCAAGUAAAAGUCGGCCGGAAGCGAUUCGUGAAUUCGUCUCACCGUACACCGAAGUAG